CUUCAGGCUCCUUCCCGCUGCUUCUCCCGCCACCUUCCCCCUACCCCGCCCGCCUCGCGUUCAGAAAGCUCCAAUCAGGAGCUCGGGAGGUGUCUAGAAAGCCCGCCCCCUCCUCCCUUCCCACUUCUCUUACCCCCCUUUUCUCCCUCCCCCACCCCCCCCACUCAAGUCCUGCGGACCUGGGGGCUUCGGGAUCUGGGCGCUAUGAAAAGUGUCUGCCCAGUCACUUCCGGUUUUUCUUCCCCCAAUCCCUCAGCUGCUGCUGCUGCUCAGGAGGUCAGAUCUGCCACUGAUGGUAAUACCAGCACCACUCCGCCCACCUCUGCCAAGAAGAGAAAGUUAAACAGCAGCAGCAGUAGCGGCAGUAAUAGUAGUAACGAGAGAGAAGACUUUGAUUCCACCUCUUCCUCUUCCACUCCUCCUUUACAACCCAGGGAUUCGGCAUCCCCUUCAACCUCGUCCUUCUGCCUGGGGGUUUCAGUGGCUACUUCCAGCCACGUACCGAUACAGAAGAAGCUGCGUUUUGAAGACACCCUGGAGUUUGUAGGGUUUGAUGCGAAGAUGGCUGAGGAAUCCUCCUCUUCUUCCUCCUCAUCUUCACCAACUGCUGCAACAUCUCAGCAGCAGCAACUUAAAAAUAAGAGUAUAUUAAUCUCUUCUGUGGCUUCGGUGCAUCAUGCAAACGGCCUAGCCAAAUCUUCUACCACCACUUCUAGCUUUGCUAACAGCAAGCCUGGCUCUGCUAAGAAGUUAGUGAUCAAGAACUUUAAAGAUAAGCCUAAAUUACCGGAGAACUACACAGAUGAAACAUGGCAGAAACUGAAAGAAGCAGUGGAAGCUAUCCAGAAUAGUACUUCGAUUAAGUACAAUUUAGAAGAACUCUAUCAGGCUGUGGAAAAUCUCUGUUCCUACAAGAUUUCUGCAAACUUGUACAAACAGCUGAGACAGAUUUGUGAAGAUCACAUCAAAGCACAAAUUCAUCAGUUCAGAGAGGAUUCAUUGGAUAGUGUUCUUUUUCUAAAGAAGAUUGAUAGAUGCUGGCAAAACCACUGCAGACAAAUGAUCAUGAUUAGAAGCAUUUUUUUGUUUCUGGAUAGAACUUACGUUCUUCAGAAUUCAAUGCUACCCUCGAUUUGGGACAUGGGACUAGAGUUAUUUAGGGCUCAUAUUAUAAGUGAUCAGAAAGUCCAGAACAAGACAAUUGAUGGCAUUCUUCUCUUGAUUGAGAGGGAAAGGAAUGGUGAAGCAAUUGAUAGAAGUUUACUCCGAAGCCUUUUGAGCAUGCUGUCUGACUUGCAAAUUUAUCAGGAUUCUUUUGAACAACGGUUUUUGGAAGAAACUAACCGGCUCUAUGCAGCUGAAGGCCAAAAAUUAAUGCAGGAAAGAGAGGUUCCUGAAUAUCUUCAUCAUGUUAACAAACGUCUAGAAGAAGAAGCAGACAGACUUAUUACUUACUUAGAUCAGACCACCCAGAAGUCAUUAAUUGCUACUGUAGAAAAACAACUUCUAGGUGAACACUUAACAGCAAUUCUUCAGAAAGGUUUAAAUAAUCUCCUUGAUGAAAACCGAAUUCAAGAUUUAUCUCUCCUGUAUCAGCUCUUUAGUAGAGUUCGAGGUGGAGUUCAGGUUCUCUUGCAACAGUGGAUUGAAUACAUUAAGGCAUUUGGCAGCACUAUUGUAAUUAAUCCUGAAAAAGAUAAAACCAUGGUUCAAGAAUUACUGGAUUUUAAAGAUAAGGUUGACCAUAUAAUUGAUAUUUGUUUUCUGAAAAAUGAAAAAUUCAUCAAUGCCAUGAAAGAAGCAUUUGAGACAUUCAUUAACAAAAGACCAAACAAACCUGCUGAACUUAUAGCUAAGUAUGUAGAUUCAAAGCUUCGCGCAGGCAACAAAGAAGCUACAGAUGAAGAACUUGAAAAAAUGUUGGAUAAAAUUAUGAUCAUAUUUAGAUUUAUCUAUGGUAAGGAUGUUUUUGAGGCCUUCUAUAAGAAAGAUUUAGCCAAGCGCCUGUUAGUUGGGAAAAGUGCAUCUGUAGAUGCUGAAAAAUCAAUGUUGUCCAAACUUAAACAUGAAUGUGGAGCUGCUUUCACCAGCAAACUUGAAGGAAUGUUUAAAGACAUGGAACUUUCUAAAGACAUCAUGAUUCAGUUCAAACAGGUAAAAUAUAUGCAAAACCAGAAUGUACCUGGGAAUAUUGAAUUAACUGUGAAUAUCCUGACAAUGGGUUAUUGGCCAACAUAUGUGCCUAUGGAAGUCCACUUACCACCAGAGAUGGUAAAACUUCAGGAGAUUUUCAAGACAUUUUACCUAGGCAAACAUAGCGGCAGGAAACUUCAGUGGCAGUCAACCCUAGGACACUGUGUGCUAAAGGCAGAAUUUAAAGAGGGUAAAAAAGAACUCCAGGUCUCUCUCUUUCAAACCCUGGUGCUGCUAAUGUUUAAUGAGGGAGAGGAGUUCAGUUUAGAAGAGAUCAAGCAGGCUACCGGAAUAGAGGAUGGAGAAUUAAGGAGAACACUGCAGUCAUUGGCCUGUGGCAAAGCUAGAGUUCUGGCAAAAAAUCCAAAGGGCAAAGAUAUUGAAGAUGGUGACAAGUUCAUUUGUAAUGAUGAUUUCAAACACAAACUUUUCAGGAUAAAGAUCAAUCAAAUCCAGAUGAAAGAAACGGUUGAAGAACAAGCAAGCACUACAGAAAGAGUAUUUCAGGACAGACAGUACCAAAUUGAUGCUGCAAUUGUUCGAAUCAUGAAGAUGAGAAAGACGCUUAGCCACAAUCUUCUUGUUUCAGAAGUGUACAACCAGUUGAAAUUUCCAGUAAAGCCUGCUGAUCUUAAGAAGAGAAUAGAAUCCUUAAUUGAUCGGGAUUACAUGGAAAGAGAUAAAGAAAAUCCAAACCAAUACAAUUAUAUUGCAUAAA